UCCUCAUGAUUGUCAUACCAUAACGUUUCCAGCAUGACGACCGCGACCCAAACAGUGCGUCGGGAACUUCCAACAUAUCAGCAAGCAGCUGAAUCCAAAUACGACUUGGACUGGGCCGAUCUCGUCACGCUCGACUUAUCGCAAUUCGAACUUCCAGGCGGGAAGCAGAAGCUAGCAAACCAACUCCGAGAUGCCGUUCACAAUGUCGGCUUCUUCUACAUCACGAACUUCGGUCUCAGCCAAGAACAGAUCGACCGGCAAUUCGCCAUAGGAAAAGAACUCUUCUCCCUCCCCGUGGAAGAAAAGCUCGCUCAUCGAGCCGAUCUCGAACACGGCCAUUACUCCGGCUAUCGACCCCAAGGCACAAGCGAAGUUCUGCCCGGCCUGCGAGACAACAUCGAAAUGUACAACGUCUUCAAACAUCUCCCCGCCCUCGAGCGAUCGCACCCGCAAAUCCUGCACGACCACCGCGCCGAAAUCGAGACCUUCCAACGCCACAUGGCCGAAAACACGAUCCAGAAACUUUUGGUCCUCAUCUCGAUCGUGCUGGAAUUGCCGGAAGAGUACCUGUCGAAUGGGCACAAGUACGAGGACGUCAGUGAUUGUCAUUUGAGGUAUAUGGUUUAUCGAGCGAGGACGGCGGAGGAGAAUGCUCGGUAUCAGAAUCUGUAUUCGCGGGGGCAUACGGAUUUUGGGUCGUUGACGUUGCUGUUCCGGCAGCCCAUCGCGGCUCUGCAGGUUUAUAUGCCUGAUGGUACGUGGAAGUGGGUGAAGCCGUAUCCGGGGAGUAUCACGGUGAAUAUUGCGGAUGUGUUGCAGUUUUGGACGAAUGGGUAUCUCAAGUCUUCGAUUCAUCGGGUUUGUGCUCCGCCUGAGGAUCAGGCUCAUUUGGAUCGAUUAGGUCUGCUUUAUUUUUUGCGCCCGGCGUACGAUUUGGACCUCAAGACUGUUGAUAGUCCUUUGCUGAGGCGUCUUGGACUCAAGACUGAUGAAGAGGGCGAAGCGGCUGGUAUCAAGGCUGGGGACUGGGUGAGAAUGCGUGUCAAGCAGAACCAGGACAAGGCGGAGACGCGUGGGGGGAAUAAGAAGGAGGUGCUGAAGGGCGUCAGUGUGAAGUAUUAUGAUUAGUCCAUUAUCAGUCCGAGGCGGCGUAGAUCGACGUUCUUCUCG